ACAGCACGGAUGAUUAGGCCGCUAAGAUGGCUGUCGCAAAGACCUCUGUCCGGGCAGAGAUCAUCAUUAUUUUUAAACCGACCGAUCAACAAGACCCAAGUAGCCCUCAUCAACAACUGAUGAGCGCUACCACAGCAGCUUCCACGUGCUUGGGAGAGUGCAAAGGGACAGGAGAGGAGCAUUUCCACUCGUCGAAAUCGAUUCAACACUUACUCGACAACAAUAAGAAAUGGCGCGAGGAGCUGAUGGCGCGUGAUUCGUCACUCUUCGACCGAACUGCAGAUGGUCAACAUCCUCCCUACCUCUGGAUCGGAUGCUCGGACUCUCGAGUCCCCGCAGAAGAGAUCACAGGACUGGAUCCCGGUGAGAUGUUCUGUCACCGCAAUGUAGCCAAUCUUGUGGUGACGAACGACAUCAACGUCCUCUCCGUCGUGCAGUACGCAGUCGAAGCACUUAUGGUGAAGGACAUUAUUGUGUGCGGUCACUAUGGCUGCGGUGGAGUGAAGGCAGCUAUACAGAACAAACACAUCGGGAUCCUGGACACUUGGCUGCGCUCCGUUCGCGACGUACACCGCAACCACAAGGAGGAGCUCGAUGCUCUUCCAACCGAAGAGGCUCGUUACCGUCGCACAGUGGAGCUCAACGUCAAGCAGCAGUGUCUUAAUAUUUUCAAGACGAAUGUGGUGCAGCAUCGUCUUGGACGUCCCGACCAGCCAGGCAUUCAUGGCCUCGUGUACGACGUUAAGACUGGAGCACUCAAGGAGCUCAAGGUCGACUACUGCGGAUACUACGCCAAGCUUAUUGGCGAGGACAGUCUACACGCUUUCCCCGAUGGGGAACCUACAAUGGGGUUGGCUCAUCGACGUCGUAACUUGAUUUUGGAUCUUCCAGACGGACUUGAAAGGGAACCAGGAUUGGUUCGGAUCCGCUACAUGGCUCGCAUGCUUAAGCGUGAGUCGGAGUUGUUCUCCCCCGAAGAAGUGGACGAAGCGAUCGAGACGAUCAAGGGCCAGAUGGACGACCCUAAUAAUUCCUUCAUGAACGUCAAGCACCUCAUUGCCUACUUCGCCCCUAUGAAGCCAAAGGAAAUCGAGUAA